GACCUGCUUUCAACCAGCUGGGUAAAUAUGGCGUCUGUCUCGACGUGUAAAAAUUGUACUUUUCAUACUUUUUUAGCGUUUGUAGCGCUUGCCAUGCAAUAUUAAAUGCAGUUUAAGUAUUAGAAAUGCUGAAUUAUAAAGACACAAGUCGUGGAAACCUCAAACGGGGCGGGAGAGGCGCGUUUUUUGUGAGGAUGGUUUACAUUUUCUUCUGCACAUGAAUGGAACUGUCUACCGCGGACAUUGAUUUGCGCAAGACAACUGCCUUUGUUACAGGCGACAUGGGUUAUGUCCCAGCUUGGUUUGUGCUUAAAUGAAAAAAUGUUAAGUCAGUGUGUUGAGUAAAAUAACUUGGCUGCUUGUAAAAUGGUGUCGUUUAGUGGAGCCUGGCUACAAGCCUUUAAAAUGUGUCUCAGCUGUUUGUUCAUCAAUCUUUAAAAGUAAACCCUGUUGUUUUGCGGAAUCUGAUGUGGUGAAUGCCACUAUGAUAGGUUCACCUGACGUGGUGGCUUUUACUAAAGAGGAUGACUAUGGCCAGUCAAAUCCAGAUCCCUGGCCUGCCCUCCCAGAAGAGUUUUCUAUUCCCCUUUAUCCACCGGUGGACUCAAACCCAUGGUCCAAAACGUCCUAUGCCAAAUUCACAAAAGACUUUAUACUCAUCUCUGAGUUUUCUGAACAAGUGGGACCUCAGCCUCUCCUCACUAUUCCAGAUGAGCCUAAAGUAUGUGGUACCUUUGAUCUCAACUAUUUCUCCCUGCGUAUCAUGUCUGUGGACUACCAAGCCUCAUUUGUGGGACACCCACCUGGCAGUGGAUACCCAAGGCUCAGUUUUGUAGAGGACUCUCGAGUGGUGCUGGGUGACUCUAAGGAAGGGGCAUUUGCCUAUGUCCAUCACCUCACUCUUUAUGACCUGGAAGCCAGGGGUUUUGUGCGACCUUUUUGCAUGGCAUACGUUUCAGCUGAUGAGAGGAAAAUCAUGUUACAGUUUCAGGAGCUGUCACUCCGCUUCUCACAGGCUUCUGAGUGUUUGAAGGCAGGAAACAGGAGGGCCUUCGCCAAGGAACUACAGAGGAAGCUUCAGGAUUUAGAGUACACCCACUCAGUGCUUCAGCGAGAAGAGGGUCUCCAAAGAGAGGCGGGUCCUCAGACCAGAUACUCCGCACAUGCUGUGGAGAAGGCAAAUGAGUUGGCAAAUGUAGAAAAGAGCAUCUAUGAACACAGAGAUCUGCUGAAGCAGAUCACUUCAUACCAUCGACGUCCACGUCGAGAUCCGCAUGCCGCCACGUGUCACAAAUGCAUGAGUGAGUGUUUGGCAGAGUGUGAAGAUUUGUUGGAGAAAUUCUCCAAACUUGCUGGACCAUUAGGCUGCACGAGUAGAAGAGAGAGUGGUGAAGAGGGCCAAAUUGACGGUGAAGCAGGUGAAGAUGAAAUGGAGGAAGAUGAGGAGGGUGUAAGGCGCAGGCCGUCAUACACACCACAACUCAUCAGAGCUAAAUCUGCCAAAUGUUUUGACAAACGUCUAAAAACCCUCCAAGAGCUUUGUGAUGAGAGGUUUUAUGAGGCGUCGAUGGAACUCCUCAAAGAGACUGAGAGGAGUUUUCGAGGUGAUCUGUGUUACCUGCACACAUGUCGUCUGGACAGGGCGCUACGCAAGAAACAGACACUUACUAACUUUCUAUUUGAGGAAGAAGUCUGCGAUAAUAAUGAGGAUGAAGUGAUAAUACGCCCAUUUUGUCCUGUGAAUCAUUCUGUAGAAUCUUCCACUGUUUUAAAACCACCUCAUAUUUUACUGGCACCAGAGCCUUUAGAUGGCACCGCUGAGCCAUUCUCUGAGACCAGCCACACUCUGGAGAGUGAGCUGGGACCUGGGGAGAGCCAACUGGAGUCCUCACCAUCAGACCAGACUCUAGAAACUCAGGAUAGCUCCGAGGAGACCAAAGGCAGCUACAGCAGUGGAAACAGUAGGACCAAACAACCACACUAUCUAGACACUGUAAAAUCUGAGGUUCCGGAUCUGGAUUCAGACUUGACUCCUGACCAUGAAAGAGAGAGUAGCAGUGAGGACAUGGAGACCACUGUUGGAGAUGAUGAGGGGGACAAUGGGGACCACACACCUAUGUCUUUACUGGAGCCAAAUGGAGAAUGUGAAGAGACUCCUGUGGAGGUUUGCGAGUCAGACCUAUUGCUCCCAAUAGAUACAACAUGUUGCAUGGCCCAAGAUGGCUUCAUUUAUGAGGACUUAUCUGUAGAUAUAGCAGCUGAAUCACAACAUAACACUAGUGCACAGCCACCACAAACACUGGUGGUGAAUCAGGAACCACAGGCAUUGCAUUUGCUGCAGGACCACUACACUGUGGGCUCUCCCUCAAAGAGCUCUGGAUUGGAACUACCUGUGGGCCAGCAUGCAGACUCAGUCUCUCGUAUGUCAGUGGAGGAUGGCUCCGACUGCACUAUGAGUGCUUCUACUGGGUCAGAUCGAGCAGUCUCCCCCAUUGGAUAUGCAGGAGUGGUGACGUUGCGACAGAAGAAAAAGGCCGGGCAGGGAGCUCUGCGGUUUGUUCGACAGUAUCCGUUUGCCAUGCAGGCACUGUGGUGUCUGCUGAGUGGGCGAACACUGGUGGUGUUUGGGGAAGAUGAGGGAAGAGUCCGCAAACUGGUGUCAGCACUCGCCCUCUUUGUGCCUGGCCCUGGGAAAUGUGCAGAAAGAGUUCAGGCCUGGAUGUCUGGCCCCUUCAGCCUCAGUGACAUCUACCGCUGGAAACUAAUUGGACUGCAAAGAGUAACCUCUCCGGUGGGUUCCAGCACGCUUUAUUCACUAUCACGCUACAGUCGCUACAUCUCUAUCCUGGACAUCGAUCAGAAGACAUUGCAUUGCCCUCCAUACCGUGGCCAGUUACUUUCAAACAUGGCUAACCACCGUACUUACAUCCGCCGUGGCUCCACCUAUUUUCUGCACCUCCAGAGCAUGCUGUGUCAGCUGGCAGCCAAAGCAUUCCUGUUGACGUUCACCCACCACCUUCACCUGCCUGUCAGCUCUGAGGAGGGCACUGAGGUGGUGCAGGGACGGCGUCACUGCUUCCUUCAGGAACAGCUGGGUCUGGGUGAAGAGGAUAGUCAGAUUUUGCUCUAUCUCAGCCAGCUCAUCACCCAGUACUACCUGCAACCCCCGACUGAAAGCUGCACAGCCCCACCAUGCUUUUUUUUUAAAUAUACUACCAGCGUUUUAUACAAGAUCUAAAUUCACUGUUUUUAGCUGGAACUGACUGAGUUCAAGGACCAAAUCAUGUAGUAAACUUUUAGAACAAAUGUGUCUGUGCUGAUUAUUUUAACAGUUGUUCUGUAAAUGUUUGUUUUGCAGCUUGGUCUCUGAAUCAAUCUUUGUUGUCACUGAGACAUGUGAUUGCCAGAUUGAAAAUACUAUUGUGCUGUUUUAAGAAGCUUGAUUCUAUUUCAUUUCAUACAUCCACAAGUGUUGAACUGGAUAACUCAGGCUCUAUCUGAUCCAGAUUGCCAACUGUUCACAUCACUGUGUUUUAACACAUCAAUCACUAUGAUUGUUGUGAGUGCGACAUAGUAUGAAAUGUAUAUAAUUUACUGGAUUACUGUUGGAUUACGGUACUUGGAUAUACUGGCAUUAUCUAAUUGUUAUAGCUGGUUUUGUGAUUUCCGUAGUAAAAGCCAGAACAUUUUCAUUCUAGUGGAUUGAUAGGAUACAUAGGAUGAUUGUAUAUCAAAAAUGCUUUAAGAGCAUGAAUUAAACAUUCGCUGAGACUACUUUUGGUUGCAUGAGAAUGUGUAUCCGCAGUGUAAGCUCAGACACGUCAUUUAGCAUGUUUAAGUGUAGAGCAAGCGGCAGCCAAAGAUUUAUGUUGGCGAGCAUUUCAUUGAUGUUAAUCAAGUUGUUCCAGGGAAGUUUAAAGUGACUUAUGGCCCAAAUGUAUCAAAUGCUGUGUUGUCUUAAAUUUGUGCAAGAAUGUGGUGUCAGCAUGAGCCUGUGUUGUGACAGGGUGAGUCGGUGUUCUGAUCAUAUGGCUGUUUCUAUUAGUUAUCAUAUAUAAAUUCCAAAAGAUAAUUGUUUGUUGGCUGUGUAGACAAAGGAAAUCUGGAAUCCAGUCACUUUGGCCAGUUUGUUACUGAAAAAGCUCAUUUUGUUGUUUUUCUUAUACAUUAUGCUGUUUGUCUCUUUGGAAGAGCUGUAAUUCUUUAUCAACUGUAUUUAGGACUCUGAAGUCGUAAAGGUCAACCUGUUGGAUAAUGGCUGUUUAAAAUGUAUGACAUUUUCACUCUAUUCACUCUCUUUAUUAACAUGUUAAUACUUGUGUGACAUCUUUUUGUUCUUUUUUGCACUGAAUUUUAUUUAUAGCCUAAUGCAAAAAGGUGAUUGUAAUCCAAAUAAGCCAUACCAGAGUGUUUAAACAAGUCUGUGUUUUUAUAUUUCUGUUUCAUGCCAGUUCAUGUAUUGUGUAAUAUUUGUCUUAUAAUAAGAGGCAUCAUUGUAUUUUAAUUUAAACUGUGUUAAAAUGGUCUUCACAUUUAAUGUAACAUUUUAAGAUCUGUUUUUUGAUUAAAUUAUUUCAAAU